UUUAAACCGGUGGUGAGUCAGGGUCUGGAACUGCACACAAAAUGGUGGGACAAACAGGAGAUAAGGGCAGCACAAUGGAUACACAACAGGCGAAUUUUAAACAGAAUCUUGCGGGCGGUGUGUUACCUCCUCCUCCUCCUGUGUUUCUACAGUCAUGAUGACCGCAGGGGUCCAGAGAGGCAGCUCCAGACUCCGCUAGCCGAGAAAAGUUCUCAUGGCAGGAUACAAAUAAAACCGCUGUCCGCCUUUGUUUGCUUUAACUGCUGAGACAACUCCAGCUUCGAGGACAAAUAAAACUUCCUGACACGCAGCAGAGUUUCUUUUUCUCGAAUCGUUUUACAUAAGCCUAUUCGUGUAAAACGGUGUACAUAGCUGUGCUUCUUUUUGUGUCAUUUUUAAACCAAGCAAGCGUUUGAAUUGAUCGUUUUUCUCGAGUCAGGUGUUUUUCUUUAUGACUUUUCAGUCGCUGAAACAAUACGAUCGUGCCUUUCUGGAGAAGCGUUUUAGCUUCCAAUGAUUUAUUAUUUCAAGUGUUGGAACGCACUUUUCCAUUAGCAUUGGAUAUUGUUAUUUUAAGCCAUUUCUUUUGUUGAUAUACUUUAAAUGCACAAACCUCAAAGGAUAAGAUUAUGCUCUUAAAACUGUUUAACUGUUAAAACUUUUUUAUUUGAGAUUUUUUAAAAUAUACUGCCCUUUCCCUGGUCUCGUACAUACAGUACGUUUCAAGUGACACAUACAGUACUGUAGGUUAUUCUCUUAGUUUGCAAAUCCAUUGUGAAACUAAGAAUGAAGCUUUUUUUAUUUGGAGGAGUUUUACUCGUCAUCCAAGAAUUUAUCGAUGCCGAGCCUAGACCCAAGUGUCCGUCGCGCUGCGAUGUGAGUAGGUGCCCGAGCCCCAGCUGCCCCAGCGGCUAUGUUCCCGACCGAUGUAACUGCUGCCUGGUGUGCGCCCACGGCGAAGGAGACCCUUGCGGGCGCAAGGAUGACUUGCCUUGCGGAGACGGUCUUGAGUGCAAGCACCCGGCAGGAAAGCGCCUUGCAAAGGGGGUCUGUCAAUGCAAACUGGCCUAUAAGGUUUGUGGCAACGACGGGAAAACCUACGGCAAUGUUUGCCAACUGAAGGCGAUGAGCAGGAAAGCUCUGCAGCAAGGACUGCCAGCGAUUAUCCAGGUUCAGAAAGGACCCUGUGAAUCAGGUCCUCAACACCCCAACAGCCCAAGGUACAAGUUUAAUUUCAUCGCAGACGUUGUAGAGAAGAUUGCACCUGCAGUUGUGCAUAUCGAGCUCUUCAUAAGACAUCCUUUGUUUGGUCGUAAUGUGCCAUUGUCCAGUGGAUCAGGAUUUAUCAUGACUGAGACGGGACUCAUUGUGACAAAUGCCCACGUUGUCACAAGCACAACUGCUGUAUCUGGUCGGCAGCAGUUGAAAGUUCAAAUGCACAAUGGGGAUACUUAUGAGGCCACUAUUAAAGAUAUAGACAAGAAAUCAGAUAUAGCGACUAUUAAGGUUAAUCCACAGAAAAAGCUGCCAGUGUUGUUACUGGGCCAGUCAGCUGACCUCAGACCUGGGGAAUUUGUUGUUGCCAUAGGAAGUCCCUUCGCUUUGCAAAACACUGUGACUACAGGGAUCGUGAGCACGGCUCAGAGAGAUGGAAAGGAGCUGGGCCUGAGGGACUCUGACAUGGACUACAUUCAGACAGAUGCAAUCAUCAAUUAUGGAAAUUCAGGUGGACCUCUUGUAAACCUAGACGGAGAGGUAAUUGGAAUCAAUACCUUAAAAGUCACAGCUGGAAUCUCCUUUGCAAUCCCUUCUGAUCGGAUUACUCGCUUCCUCAAUGAAUCCCAUGACAAACACAGCAAAGAGCUUAAGGCAGUAAAGAAGCGUUUUAUUGGCAUACGAAUGCUUACUAUUACUCCAGGCUUGGUUGAGGAACUGAAGCAACAGGACUCUGAUUUCCCGGAUGUGAGUAGUGGCAUCUAUGUGCAUGAAGUUGUGCCAAAUUCCCCAGCUCAGAAAGGUGGGAUCAAAGACGGCGACAUCAUUGUUAAACUGAAUGGACGCCCAUUGUUGUCAACUGGUGAUUUGCAAGAAGCCCUAAUGAACGAAUCACCACUGCUUCUCGAAGUACGCAGAGGAAAUGAUGACCUGCUUUUCAACAUUGAGCCUGAUAUCAUAAUGCAAUGAAAGUGGACCACAGCCAUAUGGAACUGGGUAGACCAUUUGUUGGGCCUUCUACAGUGAGCUGUAGAGACUAAGCUGGAUGUGUCCAUCUAGCAGUUUCAUAGACUUAGGGACAGUAUAUCUGGACAUCAAUGAUUACAUGUUUUACAAUUAAUCCAGUUUUACAUUCUAACCCCUGUUUCUUCAAUGUCACCAAUUAAUUCAAAAGACUUUACACACGAUGCGAUAAAAAAUACCACACUAUUAGCAAUAACAUGACAGAAGUAGCAUGUUGAUGUAGUUAAAAAAUGUACUAUAGUAGGUUGAUAUCCCUUUAUUAGGAUAAUACAGUACAUUGUGUAUCAAUGAAACCUCAUUCAUACCUUUUGAAUAUAUACAAAACAAAAAUGACGCUGGUUCUGGAAACCUAAAAUGUUUAGAAAUAUUUAAUGGUCAUUAUGAACUAAACAAAAGCUGCCGGUCAGAUGGACUCUUUUUAUCUUUUGUAAAGGCAGUAUGUCACUGAAUCAUUCUUAUAGAACUGAUGCAGCAGCAUACAGUGAGUUCAUAAAAUAUCAGUUGGUGAUUUACACCUAGUAAUUCAUUUUUUCUGUUUUCAUUAAGGCAAGCUUGUGCUGAAGACUAUAGAGCCAUCAUACCACCAGUUUGUAUGUUUACUGCUUACAUCCAGUGUUGAAUAAAAGUUAACAAUUC